AGCUUUAGAUGGGACGAUCACACUUAACCAUUUAAGAAGAGCAAUAAAUUAAGAAAACGUUUGUAAUUGUAACAUUUUAAGAGGAACGUAAAACACCGGACACAAAUAACGAAAUUAUCACGCACGGCCAGUAAUGUGGACAACAAGUUAUGCUACCCUUAUAGUUGCUGCAAUUAUAAACUGGUUUUCAGGAAUAGUACACGCAGAUGAACUAAGUCGCUGGUGUUUGGAUAAUCAAGAAAUAUGCAGUAAUUUAAUACAGAAUUUAAGAGAAACAGACGACACUAACGCACAAAAGCGAAACUUUCUUCGAUUUGGCAGAGCUCUAUCAGGUGACCACUUCUUUCGAUUUGGUAGGAGUCCAUACCAGACAGAAGACAAACGUUUUCUUAGAUUCGGUAGAUCUGGAGGAGGAGGAGGAGGAUAUGAUAAUGUUGGACUUGCAGACAUAUUAAGAGCAGCUUUAGUUAAGGUAGAAUCUGCCAAUCAAAAUGGUCUAAAAAUACGAAAACGAAGGUCUAUCGAUGCGGUUAAAGAUGUACCUGAAAAGAAAAGUGUUACAGACAAUACAGAAUCAGAAGCCGAAAUUAAAAAGAGAAAUGUAGAUAACUCCUAUGCAACAAAUGAAGAUUCUGCUGAUGAAAAUUUGAAAGCUGCAGAUAAGCGGUUUAUGCGAUUUGGAAAGAGAUUCAUGCGAUUCGGCAAACGUGAAAACGCCGACAAGCGAUUUAUGAGGUUCGGUAAGCGUGGGGAUGAAGAUUUCGGAGAGGACGAAGGGGACGAUACAUACGGGGUCGAAGACAAACGAUUUAUGAGAUUCGGAAGAGGUGGAACAGAAGACAAGCGAUUCAUGAGAUUCGGUAGAGCUGGGGAAGAUAAGCGAUUUAUGAGAUUCGGUAAGCGAGCAGAUGAAAAUUUUGGAGAGGACGAAGGCGAUGAUACGUACGGGGUUGAAGACAAGCGAUUUAUGAGAUUUGGCAGAGGUGGAACAGAAGACAAACGAUUUAUGAGAUUCGGAAAGAGCAUUGAUAACGAUGACGAGAAAAGAUUCAUGAGAUUUGGAAAGAGUGCCGAAGCCGAUAAAAGAUUCAUGCGAUUCGGGAAAAGCUUAGAUGCCGAUAAAAGAUUUAUGCGAUUUGGUAAAAGUGGAGACGAUGAAAAAAGGUUUAUGAGAUUUGGUAAAAGUGUUGAUGGUGAAGACAAAGAAAAAAGAUUUAUGCGAUUUGGAAAAUCAACGGAAGACAAAAGAUUUAUGAGAUUCGGACGAGACCCAGCAGAAAAACGAUUUAUGAGAUUCGGCAAGUCGACGACGGAAGAUAAAAGAUUUAUGCGAUUUGGACGAAAGUAAAUGAUAACAUCGUUAAUCUUUAAGUUAACUAUGUUAAGUUAUUCCAAUGCUUCAAAAUUUUGUAAAACAUUGUAUAUAAUAAAUUAUUAACUAUUACUGUUCAUUAUAUAAUAUAGAGUAAAACAUAUUAUUUUCAUA